AUGGCGUCUUCUCAGGACGCUUGGUAUCUCUCGUUGCUCGGCCUGGCCGAGAAUUUCCGCACGUCGAAUCCGCCCGACAUCAAGUCGUGCAUCCAGUGUCUGCAGGCGGUCUUCAACUUCAAGCCGCCGCCGCGCGUCGAGGCGCGCACUCACCUUCAGCUCGGCAACAUCCUGCUCACGCACACGAAAAACAUCGAUUUGGCGCGAUACCACCUGGAUAAAGCGUGGCGACUGAGUCAGAACAUAAAUACAUUCGACGACGUCAAGUUUGAGGCAGCCAGCGUCGUCGCCGAACUGUACGAGCAACAGCUGCAGCCGAACCUGAGUAAACCGAUUUUGAGGAAGGCAAUAGAAUUGUCUCAGCACAAUGUCUACUGGCACUGUAGGCUCAUCUUUCAACUUGCGCAAAUUCAUGCCUCAGAGAAGGACUUUGUCGCAGCGAGCAGCUUGCUCGCGGUGGGUGUCGAUUAUUCUCACAUAAGCAACGCCAGUUAUACCCGAGUGCUCUUUCUCUUAAGUCGGUGUAUGCUGCUGUUGAUAGACAAGAAGUUCACUGAGGUUCAUCCUCUGCUAAAUUCAGCGGGCCAUCAUGUGGAGAAUUGGCAAGGCAACCCGCAUCAAAAGGAGUAUCUGAAGGUGUACUUUCUAGUUCUUCAAGUGUGCCAUUAUCUUAUGGCAGGCCAGGUGAAGAGCGUGAAACCUUGUUUGAAACAACUGCAACAAAGUAUACAGACUAUAAUGUCGCCUAGCUGGCCGGCAGACGAUGUGGUUACGGGCUCCAAUAUUGGGGAUAUGUUUAUAUGGAUGCCGAAGGAUCAUUUAUACGUCUUGGUUUAUUUAGUAACCGUUAUGCAUUCUAUGCAAGCCGGUUACAUGGAUAAGGCACAGAAAUAUACCGAUAAAGCGCUUAGUCAAAUUGAAAAACUGAAAAUUAUCGAUAACAAACCUAUCUUGUCUGUGUUUCAAUUAAUGCUUUUGGAGCAUAUAAUUAUGUGUCGGCUUGUAAUGGGAAACAAAAGUGUAGCUCUUAUGGAAAUUUCUCAAGCUUGUCAACUCUGCAGGCGGCAACCUAGGUUACUACAGGGUCAUAGACCACAAUUACAUGUAUUACUAGGGUUAUACGCAAUGUCUAUGAAUUGUAUGGAAGCUGCAGAGGCUCAGUUCAUUGCUGCACUCAAAACGUCACAAGAAAAGGAACUCUGGACAUUCGCGCAUUUGAACCUAGCGAUAGUAUAUCUCAGAUCAAAGAGGGAAGCCGAAUUGGGAGCGUUGUUAGAAAGGAUAAAUCCAGAAUCUCUACCAUCACAUUCUCAUUCUUUGAGGGCAGCUGCAUAUUACGUACAAGGACUCCAAGCUUUCUUUGGUGCUAGAUACAAUGAAGCAAAGCGAUAUCUUAGAGAAACCUUAAAAAUGGCAAACUCGGAAGACUUGAACAGACUCACUUCCUGUAGUCUCGUGCUUUUGGGACAUAUAUUUCUUUCUUUGGGAAAUAGUAGAGAAUCGAUGAAUAUGGUCACACCUGCGAUGCAAUUAGCUUCUAAAAUACCUGAUGUACAUGUACAACUGUGGGCUACUGCCAUUUUAAAAGAUUUGUAUAGAAUUUGUGGUGAGCCUAAUCGCGAGAGCGAGGCAUAUCAAAUGCACUGCACAUUCUCUCAAACCCUUCUGAAGGACCAUUUUCAGAGCACACAAAUGAGUGAGCAUUCGCUCAUUCAAUGGACAGACGGCCCAAUGCCCGCAUCGCCAACCAAUCCACCACCAUCCACGUCGCAAGCAAUUCUCUAAUGGUAUAAAAGAUAUUUAGGUGUGUCUAUUUACUUAAAUUGUCCAGAACUGUCUGAAACCAUGUAUAUUUGUACUAAUUAUUCCUUGAGUUGUAAAAUGAAGUUGGGUUUAGCCUCAUUCAGUCUCGGAUAUUAAAAGAACUAUGAUAAUGUUUAAAAAUAUCGGAUUUAAUUGCGAGUAAGGCGGUAAAUAUAGAAGGAUUAAUGGAUAUUUGAUAUAAUAUCCAGAUUUUUUUGAUACGUGAGAUAUCUGUAGGAGUAUAUGGCAACUAGAUAUAGCAGAGCUUGAUAGCAAUUUAUAGUAUUAUUUGAAUCAUCGAAAUUGUACACGGCAGGGAUUGACUAAUUUAGAUCAUUAAUAUUUUGUUUACUUCAGUUAAUAAACAUUAAAUCAUUUUUUAUUCAAGAGGAUACAAAUGCUAAUUAUCGUAAUGCAGAACAGACCCGUUUUUUCAGAUUUAUAUGACCCGUUCUGCCGCACAAUGCGUUUAGACAAGAUUUGUAUUGCACAUAUAGGGAAUAGAUCGGAAUAUUGAAUAAAGAUUUUUUCUCGUCGCCGGGCCGAAAGUGACAACUUUCAUCCCGCUACGCGGGAUGAAGUUGUCGCGUUUCGGCUCCGUCGAGGAGAAAAAUCGUAUACACACCACGGGCAGUAAAUAAGGAAGCCUCAGAUCACAUGUUUGUCGACCUCGGCUCCGCCUCGGACGACAAUUACAUGUGAUCUGAGACCUUCCUUAUUUUACUGCCCUAGGUGUGUAAUAUACUAUUAUUUUUGUUUGAAAAU